AUGAACAACUGUAAAUUAACGUCGAAUAUAAUCAGUCAUCAGUUUGAUGGAGGUGGAGAAAGAGUGGGGAUAGCCGCCGGAAAGUUGGGAAGUGAGGUUGGGAGAGGGAUGUUAGCCGGCAUGGGAGGAAGAGUAAGCUUUGGGGCGGAAGAUGGCAAGGUAGGGAGAGGCAUGUUAGGCAAGUUGAAGGCGGGCAUCGCCGGCAAAGGUGGAAGUGUGGUGGUUGGCAAGUUAGGAAUGGAUGGCAUUUGUGGUAAGUUUGAUGGAGGUGGAGAAAGAGUGGGGAUAGCCGCCGGAAAGUUGGGAAAUGAGGUUGGGAGAGGGAUGUUAGCCGGCAUGGGAGGAAGAGUGAGCUUUGGGGCAGAAGGCAAGGUUGGGAGAGGCAUGUUAGGCAAGUUGAAGGCGGGCAUUGCCGGCAAUGGUGGAAGUGUGGUGGUUGGCAAGUUAGGAAUGGAUGAAGGCAUUUGUGGUAAGGUUGGUUGA